CUCAGUCGCUCUGAACCAUCACAAACAUGGCCAUACGCAGGAAAGACAGCUUUCUGUGGGGGAGAGCUCAUACCAGUAUCCCAGCAGCAGAGAGCAGGCCGGGUGAAACCAUUAAGAUUCACAAGUCUGAGCUGCUGGAUGACAUUCAGAAUCUGAGGCCGCAGAUCAAACCUGUCGAGACACAGAUCCACAGACGUGAAGUCGAGGAGCAGAAUAAAAAUGUUGUUAGGAACCGAAGAUUCUUACGUGGGAAGAAGAAAUUCAACAUGGACCCAAAAACAGGUUUUAUUUACCUGGUCACAAACAACCUGCUGGAGUGGCGAGCAGAGUCUGUGGCCGAGUUUCUGUACAAAGAGGAGGGGCUUAACAAGACCGCGAUCGGAAACUUCCUCGGAGACAGGGAGGACAUGCAUCUGGAGACACUGAAAGCCUUUGUGAGUUUACAUGAAUUCUCUGACCUGAAUCUGGUGCAGGCGCUGAGACAGUUUCUGUGGAGCUUUCGUCUGCCAGGAGAAGCUCAGAAGAUCGACAGGAUGAUGGAAGCGUUUGCAACUCGUUACUGUGACUGUAACCCCGGAGUCUUUCAGUCCACAGACACGUGCUACAUCCUGUCCUUCGCCAUCAUCAUGCUCAACACGAGUCUCCACAACCCCAACGUGAAGGACAAACCCAGUCUGCAGCGCUUUGUCUCCAUGAACAGAGGCAUCAACAACGGGGACGACCUGUCCACCGAGCUGCUCGCGAAACUCUACGCCAGCAUCCGCAGCGAGCCCUUUAAAAUCCCAGAGGACGACGGCCACGACCUCACGCUGACCUUUUUUAAUCCAGACAGAGAAGGCUGGCUGCUGAAGAUGGGUGGACGAGUGAAAACCUGGAAGAGGAGGUGGUUUAUUUUGACAGACAGCUGCCUGUACUACUUUAAAUACACCACAGACAAAGAUCCGAUCGGAAUAAUUCCUCUGGAGAAUCUGAGUGUCAGGAAACUGCAGGAGAGCAGCAAAUCUUAUUGUCUGGAGUUGUUUAAUCCUAAAGGACAGAAGAUCAAGGCCUGUAAGACGGAGAACAAAGGUCAGGUGGUUCAGGGCAAACAUCGGUCUUAUAAACUCAGCGCAGCCAGUGCAGACGAGCGCGACACCUGGAUGGACGCCAUCAGGGCGAGCGUCACCAAGGAUCCUUUCUAUGACCUGGUGUCUCUGCGCAAGAGGAAGGUCAUCUGCAACGCUGACCCCACCGACCUCAGUGGAAACAACACGUGACUCCAGUUCCUGUUUGUUUUUGUGUUUUUUACGAUGAAACAGAAACUACAGUAAGUCGGACGGCGUUUCACAAACCUCAACAAACUGGGAAAUGAAACUUCUGCAAGCUGUU